GUAUAAAUAUACCUGUCCACACCUGCACUAGUCCAUCAGUGCUCACCUUUAGACAGAAAUGGCCUCAGCUGAGGGCAGCGCUCAGACAUACAAGAUGACCUCUUUGGACAUCAACCAACACUUCCAGGAUGCGAUUGAUGUGAUUCAACAACAUUCAAGCAAUUCAUAUUACGAUUCAGUGUGCACAUAUUACGAGACUCUGGGUACGCCGCAGGCAUCGUCCUUGCAUUGUCCGUGCUCGUGCUGCCCCGUCAAACAGCCGCUUGAUGUAGCAGCUCCAGGGUGUGACUACUGGACGGACAUAGCUCAGCAGUCUUGGCCUCAGGUGAUCCCCGAUGUCUCCUUGGGCCACUCGAUGCAAAAUGAACCACCCCAUUACUACUCCAUCUUACCUCCACUGAAGAGCAGCAAAGGUCGCAAGAAGCUCAGACUUUUUGAGUAUCUCCACGAGGCUCUGAAUGACCCCAACAUGGGCGACUCCAUCCAGUGGACGGACAACAGCACGGGCACCUUUCACUUCGUCUCCAAGAACAAGGAGAAGCUGGCUGAGUGCUGGGGCCGGCGCAAGGGCAACCGCAAGACCAUGACCUAUCAGAAGAUGGCGAGAGCCCUGAGAAACUACAGCCGCACCGGGGAGAUCAUCAAAGUGCGGCGCAAACUCACGUACCGCUUCAGCCCGGACAUCCUGCACAGGCUCGGCUCCACUCGGGUGCCCGAGCAGGAGGAGGGCCACGCCGGGGGCCACGCCGGGGGCCAGAAGAGCCCCGCGGAGGAGAGCUACUGCGGCCCCGUGACGGCGCCGGACUGGCACAGCUGGUACGGACGCUGCCAACUGCAGGAAGACUACGACCUGGCCUCCAGCUUCACCUCACCCAGCGCCGUCAAGCUCUGAGCUGGGGGGAGGAGAGGGGGGGAGAGACUUUAAUUAGAUUGACUGUGAAACCAGCCGAAGGGGCCACGCAAAUCAAACUGUUUCUUUCUUUCUGUUUUUUUCUCACUAAAUUGAUGGAAUUUAAGAUGCUUUUGUAAAAAUAUUUUUAGUAAAGCAAAGGCUUACAUUUGUCUUGCAGCUACUGGCCAGUAUGUAUUGUACCAGAUGGUGUGGACGUAACUGGUUGGCUUUGCCAUUUUUUUUUAUUGCACUAAUGAAGAUACUUGACGGGAGGUCUUUCGGAGAGUGGUUACAUAUUUGUUAAUCCAAUGUUAUCACAUGUCAUAGUUUCACUAUUUGAGUCACAGAAAGUAAAAUUGUGUCUAGAUUAAUAAACUGUAUUUCUAAAUUAAUGGUAAAUACUUUCACACUACAAAAUAUGAAUUACAAAAUGUCAUCAACUGGAGUGUGUAGAGAUUAUUCUGAUUAUUUCAUAACAUUAAUAACAAUUCAUAUUUCAGUCUCCCGUAUUUACAACAUGCAGCCAUAAAUAAAUAUCUAUAAUAUUUAUGAUGAUAUGUAAUUCUUGACAGUUUUCUUGAUAAAACUAUUGUUUUAUAAUUAUUAUAUUUAUUGUUUGAGAUUUGUUUUUAAUAUCAUUCCUUUUUGUACUUAACUUUACAUGUGUUCAGAAUAUUACUUCAAUUCAAAACAACCAAUAAACUGAUCCGUGCACCCUCA